AUGUGUCUCCUCGCAGCGCUUGGUGCCCUCGUCAAGUCCAGAAGCGCAUACAAGGACGCGACUUCCGGGCCAUCACCGCAGCCAACCAAUCCAUCUGGACACAGCAGAAGGGGAAGACGUUACCAGUCUGAUGUCGAGAAGUACGGGUACGAAGUAGCGGAGCGGAAUUAUCAGAGAAGGGCUGCUGCUGCUGAAGAAACCUUGCAGAUGAAAGCCACGUUUUAUAACUUCCGAUUAUAUGAGGACAAACUCCUGCUGUUGGAAUUCGGUUUAUAA